CCUGGAACACAUGAAAAGAUUUCACACCAGCAGCUUCUUUAUGCAACAAACGACUUUGGUGAAGACAAUUUGAUUGGGAAAGGAAGCCAGGGCAUGGUAUAUAAAGGGGUAUUAUCUAAUGGCUUGACUGUUGCUAUAAAGGUUUUCAAUUUAGAAUUCCAAGGAGCCUUGAGGAGUUUCGAUUCAGAAUGUGAAGUGAUGCAAGGGAUUCGCCACCGAAAUCUUGUUAGGAUAAUUACCUGUUGCUCAAACCUCGAUUUGAAAGCGUUGGUGCUCGAAUAUAUGCCUAAUGGAAGUCUUGAGAAGUGGUUGUAUUCCCACAACUAUUUUUUGGAUCUCAUCCAAAGAUUAAAUAUUAUGAUAGAUGUAGCAUCGGCAUUGGAGUAUCUUCAUCAUGAUUGUUCGAGCCUUGUGGUGCAUUGCGACUUGAAGCCCAGUAAUGUUUUGUUAGAUAACAACAUGGUUGCUCAUGUGGCUGAUUUUGGGAUUGCAAGACUCUUAACUGAAACAGAGUCUAUGCAGCAAACAAAGACCUUGGGCACAAUAGGCUAUAUGGCACCAGAGUAUGGCUCAGAUGGGAUAGUAUCCACAAAGGGCGAUGUUUAUAGCUAUGGGAUCUUGCUUAUGGAAGUAUUUGCAAGGAAGAAGCCUAUGGAUGAAAUGUUCACUGGGGAUGUAACCUUGAAGACUUGGGUGGAGUCAUUAUCCAGUUCAGUGAUAGAGGUUGUUGAUGCCAAUCUAUUGAGAAGAGAUGAUGAAGACCUUGCCACAAAGCUGAGCUAUUUAUCCUCACUUAUGGCUUUAGCUUUGGCAUGUACAACUGAUUCACCUAAGGAGAGAAUCAACAUGAAAGAUGUGGUAGUUGAACUCAAGAAGAUCAAAAUCAAACUGUUGAUGUAA